AUGUGGUUGCAGGCUCACCAAGUCCUACCCGACUGCAGCCGUAACCGAUUACUUUGGCCCGAAGCAAUUACGCUGAGGGAGGAGGUUCAGGCUCGACAGAGCAUCGCGCUACCCAAGGCAAUCCUACAGAGACCCAAGGUGAACCCUGAGCACCAGAAAGAUAUGGUACGCAGGGAUCGACAACUGGAUCAAGAGAGCAACCAUCAGAAUCAAGAUAUAUAUAUUCGCAAGAACAGGUUCAAUACCCAUCAGAAGAACACUGAACGAGCACUGUAUCGCAUGGAGCGGGCACUUAAGGAAGCCCGGAGCGACCCCGAACCAGCCCUAGAGCGACCCCCGAAGACUGCCAAAAAGGGUCUGCCAGAGAUCGAUAUCUUCGCCAUCAGCGGUUCGGCUUAUCAGCUUCAUCUCGGUAAAUCAGAUUGCUUCAUUACCUCGCUAGCGCAGAUUGACAAGAUUAUUGACGAGAAGAACUA